AUGGGUGACGAUUCCCCCAAGCCCACAGCGAUUGAGCUGAUUUCCCAACCAAUCACCUUACCUUGCGGACUGACCUUACCAAAUCGACUUGUCAAAUGCCCUAUGCAGGAGACACUCGCGACACCGCCCGUUUUUGACCCACCUAUCGACAAAUUCCAGAACCUUUACAAGCAGUGGGCCCACGCAAAAUACGGCUUGAUAAUUACCGGGCAAGUUCAGAUCGAUAUUCGAUACCUUUCCAUCAAGGGCGAUGUCGUGUGCCAUAAGGAUUCUUGCAAGGAACCCCACUUCAGCAAAUGGAAGAAAUGGGCGACCAUAUCGCAAGAAGCUGGUACCCCUUGCAUAGUCCAAUUGGCGCACCCAGGGAGAAUGAGCCCAGCUGGAGCCGGAGAAAGGCCCCCGGGGAUGGCAGCUAUAUGUCCAUCUUCUGUGCCGGUUGAACUCGGUGAAGGAUGGCUGAACAAAAAGGCUCUGAACGCGGUUCUGGGAACGCCUCGAGAGGCGACCUUGGACGACAUCGAUGCGGUUGUAGCAGCUUGGGUGAAUGGUGCUCGAUUAGCAAAAGAGGCCGGGUUUGCUGGAUGUCAACUACACGGGGCUCAUGGUUUCCUCUUGUCACAGUUUCUGAGUCCACACACGAAUCGGCGUACCGAUGACUAUGGUGGAUCACCAGAGAGAAGGCUUGCUCUUUUGAAGCGUUUAGUGAAAGAGAUCCGAGAAUGUUGCCCUCGACCGUAUUGCCUUUCAGUAAAAUUGAAUUCAGCAGAUUAUAUGGCCACGGGCCUGGGGCUGUCAACGGAUGAGGGCCUGGAGCAAGUCAGAUGGCUAGUUGAAUGCGGCGAGGUAGACUUGGUAGAGAUAAGUGGUGGCAAUGCGGAGAACAAGACCUCGAAGCUUCACAACUCAUUUGGGACCAAAUCUCUAGAAAAGGCCCCAAAGAGAGAAAGUACCCGAAUCCGUGAAGCCUAUUUCACGGAAUUUGCGGAGAGUGUCCAAGGGUUGAACUCCAGAGUCCCAAUCCAGCUCAGUGGUGGAUUUCGCUCGAGGACAGGCAUGGCAGAUGCUAUUGACUCUGGAAUCUGCUCUCUCAUUGGCCUUGGUCGCGCCGUCGUUUUACAGCCAGAUCUCCCGGUGACUGUCCUGCUCAAUCCCUGUGUUUCUGAUGACGAAGCGCUGGCUGUACCACACAUUGUCAAGGGCCAGUGGUUUGCGAACAUGAUUCCUGUGAAAGUGGUUGGCUCGGGUCUUGCCAUUCAAUUCUUCUACCACAACAUGAGGCGACUGGGUCACGGCCUGAAGAGUGAUCCAGAUGCUUCGAUCCCGUACAUUGUGUUUCAGGGCGUCCUCGAGACCUUUCGAAGUGGUUUAUUUCAAACUGUAGAGCGGAUGCUGCAGAGCUUCCCAUGGCAGAGCAAGGCUUCCAAGAUAGACUGA